AUGUAUUUAGCAACUCACACACGGCCUGAUAUAUGCUUUGCCGUGAACCUACUGUCUAGGUUUAGCUCAUGUCCAACCAAAAGGCACUGGGACGGGAUAAAACAUGUUCUUCGUUACCUACAAGGAACGAAAGAUUUGGGUCUGUUUUAUACCAACAAAAAUAAAGAUGGUUUAGUUGGAUUUGCUGAUUCUGGAUACCUUUCGGAUCCACACGAUUCUGGAUCUCAGACAGGCUAUGUAUUUACGCAUGGUGGAACAGCCAUAUCAUGGCGUUCAAUAAAGCAGACACUCAUAACCACAUCCUCAAAUCAUUCGGAAAUAUUGGCUAUACACGAAGCCAGCCGCGAGUUUGUCUGGUUGAGGUCGAUGACUCAACAUAUAAGAUCAGAUUGUGGGAUGACAGAUGACAAGGGUCCAACCGUGAUGUAUGAGGACAAUGCAGCCUGCAUUGCUCAGCUCAAGGACGGCUAUAUCAAAGAGGACAGGACGAAACACAUCCUGCCCAAGUUCUUUUCAACCCACGAGUUGCAAAAGGCCGGUGUCGUCCAAGUGGUUCAGGUACGAUCCAGUGACAAUUCAGCCGACCUGUUCACCAAGUCCUUACCUACUGCGACGUUGAAGAAGCUCAUACAUCAGCUUGGGAUGCGUCGACUGAAAGACCUUCAGUGA